AUGCACGCUUCCCAGCAGAAAACUAGCGCAAAGAUUCAUGGAUCUGCAAUGCGACAAGACGAAGCAUGGCCAAGGGAGCUUUCGAAAUCGGAGCAGGAGAGGAGAGCUCACGAUGCUUGGCCAGCUUGGGAUUCAGAAGAAUUAGCCGAGAAGAAAAAGUCGGAGAUGGAGAAAAUGGCUCACGAUGCUUGGCCGGCUUGGAAUUCAGAGGAGAUUUCAUAUCAAAUUGAGGAAUUUGAAGCCAAGGAGAAGUUGGAGAUGGCGAAUAGAGUAGACGACGCUUGGCCAAGAGAGGAGCUUUUAUAUGAAGCCUGGCCAGCUUGGGAUUCUGAAGAAAUGAAAGCCAAGGAGAAGUUGGAGAUGGCGAGACGAGCUGACGACGCCUGGCCAGCUCCUGAUACCUUUGAGUUUGUGGAUUCUGAAGAAGAGCCUUCAGAAUCCAAGAAGAAGUUGGAGAUGGCCCACGAUGCAUGGGAGUUCGAGGAGCUUUCAGAUGCCACCCAAGAUUCUGAGAAGGAAGAGGAAAAGCCCCAAGACCCAAUCAUUGCCACGCUCCAAGCCAACCUAGACCGUGUCACCAGCAAUUUCGAAGAAUUUUCCAUUUCCACCGCCAAGAGAUUCGAGGAAAUCGAGAACCAGCUUCACCAGAAGGACCAUCAGAAGCUCCAGAAGCAGUGCUCCGACCUGUUCCGUGAUGGAAAAGCGGCUUGGCAGCUGGCAAAGCGAGAGAUGGAGAAGAAUAAGGCACUGGAGGCAAAACUUCAUAAAAAGCAGAAGAAUUUCAAGGUACUCCAACAACAAUACAUCGCGUCUGGAGAUAUUGUGAAGAGAGCGUUGAAAUCGAGGGAUGAGGAAAUCGAGGACCUCCAGCAACGUCUUCAAGAAUCAGAAGAGUUGACAAGACUUCUGAUAGAGGAGAGCGCGGAGGAUGACCAGAUUCUGAAGGAGCAGUUGACAGUGAGAGCCGAUGAGACUGCGAGAUAUGAGAGGAUGAUUCAGGAGAGACAAAGGAAGAUUUGGGAGCUGAAUGGUCAGUUGAAGAGGGCUACUGAGGAUCUGGAUCGGAAGGAACGUGAGGAGAAGAGAAAGGAGAAAAGAAUCAGGGAGUUGGAGCAGAUUGUUGGGGAGAUGGAGGCAAAGAUUUCGAGUUAUAAUUUGUGA